AUGCCCGGCCUUGGGCAGCCGUUGGGGCCGGUCACAAAGGGAAAGAACUAUCCCCUCCUUCCCCCUCUCCCCUCCCCGCAACUUGCCACUACGAAAAACGCCGCCGAUAAAACACCGAUAAUCGCCAAAAGACGUCACCUGGGGAUGCCGGAAGAGAAGUUCUGGUAUCGUGUUAGCGUUUUUUUCUUUAUCAUCGGGAAACGGUGUCAGGCAUCCAACUAUAGAAAACCUGGCUUAAGUACAGCCCAACGGAAGAAAAGUGGCUUGAAACCUGAACUUACAGAAGAGCAAAAGCAAGAGAUAAGAGAAGCUUUUGAUUUGUUUGAUACUGAUGGAUCUGGAAGCAUCGACAUAAAAGAACUGAAGGUUGCGAUGCGUGCCUUAGGCUUUGAGCCAAAGAAGGAAGAGAUUAAGAAAAUGAUAGCAGAUAUUGACAAAGAAGGAAGCGGCACCAUUGACUUUGAAGACUUUUUGUCUAUGAUGACACAAAAAAUGAGUGAAAAGGACUCAAAGGAAGAAAUCUUGAAAGCUUUCAGGUUAUUUGAUGAUGAUGGGACAGGAAAAAUUUCAUUCAAAAACUUGAAAAGAGUUGCCAAGGAGCUGGGAGAAAAUUUAACUGAUGAAGAACUUCAGGAAAUGAUUGACGAAGCUGAUCGAGAUGGAGAUGGAGAAGUGAGCGAGCAAGAAUUUUUGAGAAUUAUGAAGAAAACUAGCUUAUAUUAAUAUUUGUUGCCUUGCUGUACAGUGGCUCCAAAAGAUAACCUAGAAAAGACUUUAAAAACUGGGCUUGUGUCUCCUGCAUGUUUUCUGUCAUAGAAAGAAAGUAUGAAAGGACAGAUAUUUGGUUAAUUCUUUUUCAGCAAAGUUAAUUGGGGAAGGGAGGGCUUCAGCACCCAUAACCGUAGAAAUGAGAUACUGCAGAAGUGAGAAAGAAGGAUGACCUGAGCCUGCAAGGCAGGGUCCCUUACCCU